AUGGUUCUGGUGGGUUGGAGGAAUCAGUCGCGGCUUCUACGCCUGACUUGCGGUUCUUUCCUUUGCCCGUUUCUUAUCUCCAAUUUCCCGGACGAACAAGCUCAAAGCCGCCUUGUGUGCGUAAGAGGACAAGGGGGCCGUGCCAAAAGAUUUCAUGAUGGUGACACAGAGAUUCACGAUGAGUGUGUGGCUCUCGUUGCCGACUUCAAUCGAAGCACCUGUAGGUCUUGA